GGAUGGACAAUCUUUGUCAGCUCCGGCGUUUAGGGUAGGCAGCAUUGCGCAGGCUUGUCUCCGUAGAUUUUCCUUUGGAUAGCAGAGCGGCACGGAAUGGGUUAAGGAGCGGGGGGUCUGGAUUCCUCCUCUCCUGAUCGCCAUGACGAACAAAUGAACUCUCGGGGAAUGAAAUUUAAAUUCCAUAAAGGAGAAAAAGUUCUCUGCUUUGAACCGGACCCGUCCAAGGCCAAAGUGCUGUAUGAUGCAAAGGUGGUGGACAUUGUAGUGGGAAAAGAUGAGAAGGGAAAGCGGAUCCCUAAAUAUCUGAUUCACUUCAACGGCUGGAACCGAAGCUGGGAUCGCUGGGCUGCAGAGGAUCAUGUGCUCCGAGAUUCCGAGGACAAUCGCAAGUUGCAGCGUAAACUGGCUCGGAAAGCUUUGGCUCGCAUGAGGAGAAAAGGAUGGAGGAAGCGACGUUGUCGUUUGCCAGGUGUUAACUCUGUGUUAAAAACCUUACCUGAAGACGAAAAGGAGGAGAGCGAUGAUCCUUUGAUUUCAUCAUCUGAAGACGGUGACGAGGACAAUUCAGACCCGGAGACUUUAAAAAGCGAGAGCGAGUCAUCUGAGGAUUUAGAUGAAAUGAAAGAGGAGCAGGAGGCCCACACAAAAAGGGAGAGUGAGGAGAAGACCAUCACGAUCAACAUCGACAUCCCUGAUGUGCUGAAGAAGAAGCUGGAGGAUGACUGCUACUACAUCAACAAGAGGAAAAAGCUGGUGAAGCUGCCAUGUCAGAUGAACAUAGUGAACAUCCUCGAGUCGUACGUGAAACACUUCACCAUAAACGCCGCCUUUUCUGCCAACGAGCGCUUUCGGCACCCUCAGAGCUCCACACAGUCCAACAUGAGCCCACACUAUGUACCGCCUGAGAAAAACGAGGAGCUCUGUAAGGAAAUGGUGGACGGCUUGAGGAUCACCUUCGACUUCACCUUACCCAUGAUCCUCCUGUAUCCCAACGAGCAGGCCCAGUUCAAGAAGGUCAGCUCGUCCAAGUUCUUCCAGCCAAUCGGAGACGGUGCAGGAUGCUCUACUAGGUCUCUCGGUGAGCGCUCCCCAAGUCCAGGCCUGAACCCGUCCACUCCUCAGUCUACAGACGGCCACUCCGCUCACAACGAGACGUCCGUCUCGCCCGUUAUCACAGCAACAACACCGAAACGCCGCCGCUGCACUAAUCCCGAUUCAGACAACACGCACUCUCUGAGACGCUCCACACGCAACACCUCCGGGGGAGAGAAGAGUGCCGAGGGAGGAGGAGGAGGCAGCAGUAACACCUCACCUCAACCCAAGCGCAGACUCGCUGAAGUCCCGACUCCACUGCCCAAGUUCUUCCUCAACCUGGAGAAGAGAACACCAGUCCACAGUGGCUCGUCCUCUCCGCUACCCCUCACACCGAGUAAAGACGGGAGUGGUGUGUUCUCGGGGCUCGAGAGUCGCCGGAACAACGAACUGAACGAGGUGCUGAGUUGGCGUCUGACGCCUGAUAACUACCCCCUGAGCGAUCAGCCUCCACCUCCGUCCUACCUGUACGGCUCACAGCAUCUCCUCCGCCUGUUCGUGAAGCUUCCAGAGAUCCUUGGGAAGAUGCAUAUGCCUGAGAAGAAUCUAAGGGCCUUGGUGAAGCACUUGGAGCUUUUUCUCAGGUUUUUAGCUGAGUUUCAUGAAGAUUUCUUUCCAGAGUCUGCGUACGUGUCUGCCACCGAAGCACAUUACUGUAUGAAGCAGCCGAGGCCCGUCUGCUGAGACUGAAUGGUCACUCCUCUUCUGUCCUUCAUGACUUCCUAGAUCUUUUAACCUUUUGACUCAAGUCUGGAGCUUGCUUUGUCCAAUUUCCUCUCUCUAAGGGACCUCGUUAUAUGUCUCUUUUCCUUUUUUUUUUUAUCGUUCUUUUGGACAUGGAGACUCCAGAAAGGCUGUCUUCAUCCUGCAUUUCAGCUUGCUUCUCUGGAUAGAUGGAAGUCCCUACCUGUUUUCCUUUUGCUCAAACGAAAUGCUUUUUGACUUUACCUUCUCCAGAUCUCUGCACUGCAGUCGCUGUUCAAGCUUCUAGCUUUUCCUUCUCUCUUUGCAACUAAAGCAAAAAGAACAACUUUAUUUGGACUUGUGUGAACUAUUGGAAUUGGUCAGUUUGUGGCUUUGUUUCUCCCUACAAGCUGGGAUUGUAUUAAUGAACACAAAAGCAAGCGUUAUUUUCCUUUUUAUUACUCACUCUCUAUGUUAUAGCAGUUCCUAGCGUAGAAUUUCCCAAAGUCACCGUUUACCAGGAGAUUUAUGGUUUAUGCUUUUUAUUUAACAAUGUAAACAAUGUAUUUGCUAAUAUCUUGUGUUUUUGGAUGGUAUACUUAUACAUUGAUAACCAACAACACACACACAUGGUUGUCUAGUUAAAUAAAAUUGGUCUGCAUGAUACUAUUACAUUGGCAACAGCAGCAACCUAAUGAAUUUAUCAAUAAAAAUAAAUACAGUUAAACACAUGUUUACAGUUAAGAUUUUUAGCCUAGGUUACCUCAAAAUGUUAGGUCUAGUUAACAUCCGAUCUCCUGCGUCUAUGAACCAGCGAGAAAGAGCUCAGGCGCCUCAGUGGCUGGCUUUAGGGCAUUCUACGCUAUACUUUGAAGGAAUAUGAUCUUACCUUGCAGAAGGUACUGAACUAGGCACAUGUACUCCAUGUAUGCAGUUUGUUUAAAAAAAAAAAAACCUAAGCACAAAAUCUAAUCUUUGGUCUGCAUUCUUUCUGAAGUCCUUACCUUAUAUUUAUGAAGCCUCUCAGAGUAAGAGCACUGAUCGAGGAUCAGCUCCUUUACGUUGUUUGAUCAUGGAUGAAAAAUGUAAAUGAUCCUGGAGCCUUUAUAAAUAUGACUUGAUAUGGUCUUGUGAGUUCUGUUAUUCUGAAAGAGCAAAUCCACAUGCCAGUUAAGUUCCUCUUUGUUAAUAUAAAUCCAUGACUUGAAGUGAACGUCAUUUUUUUAUGUUGUAUAUUUCACAAUUUGUCCAAUGUACAUAUUUUUUUGCAUUCUGUUGUACAUUUCUUGCCACUUUGUAUAAUAAACAACUGCAGAAUAGA